AUGUCUUCAUCUUCACCCUCCCACCUCUCUCAAAGCCGACUCUUCACCCCCCUCCGCAUCGGCCCUAUAACCCUCUCCCACCGAGUCAUUAUGGCUCCUCUAACCCGUCUCCGCGCCUCCUCAACGCACAUCCCGCUCCCCAUCGCAGAAACUUACUACGCCCAACGCGCCUCCGUACCAGGAACGCUCCUCAUCGCCGAAGCAACAAUGAUCUCCCCAGCCGGGUCCGGCGUCCCCCACGCCCCGGGGAUCUGGUCUCCGGCACAGAUCUCCAGCUGGAAGCGCGUGACAGACGCCGUACACGCUAAAGGCAGCCACAUAAUCCUCCAACUAGUGGCUCCCGGCCGCGCCGCGGACCCAGCCACUCUCAAGGCGGAAACUGGUCGGGAGGUGGCAGCGCCCAGCGCGAUUCCCAUGGCAGAAGGCGCGGCGGUGCCGGUGGCGCUAUCGGAAGCGGAGAUCCAUGCCCUGAUUCGCGAUUUUGCCGCCGCGGGCCAGAAUGCCAUACAGGCGGGUUUUGAUGGAGUGGAGGUGCACGGCGCGAACGGGUACUUGGUGGAUCUGUUCACGCAGGACGUGAGUAAUCGGCGGACGGACAGCUGGGGCGGAAGUAUUGAGAACCGGGCACGAUUCGGGAUCGAGGUUGCGAGGGCGCUGGGCGAGGCGAUUGGCCCAGAGAGAGUCGGGUUCCGGAUCAGUCCGUGGAAUACGUGGCAGGGGAUGAAGAUGGCGGAGCCGGAGGGGCAGUUCACGUAUCUCGUGAGGAAGCUGAGGGAGCUGAGAUUGGGAUAUUUGCAUGUGAUCGAGUCGCGGGUCAUUAACAACGUGGAUUGCGAGAAGAGCGAAGGCAUCGAGCCGUUCUUGGAGGCGUGGGGACGCGAGGCGCCGGUUCUUGUGGCCGGGGGGUACAACCAGCUGAAUGCGGGCGAUAUCGAUACCGCGUAUCAGGAUCAUGAGGUGGGGGUUGUGUUUGGGAGGCAUUUCCUAGCGAAUCCGGAUCUUCCGUUCCGGUUGAAGAAUGGCAUUCCCUUGCAAAAGUAUGAUCGCGAGACGUUCUAUACUCCUGUGCAGGCUGAGGGAUAUCUGGAUUAUCCUUUUAGUGCGGAGUUUGAGGCGAGUUUGAAAAACUGA